AUGGGCAUUGUGAUGGGCAUGUCAUGGGGCUUCAGCCAGAGCUUGGAAUGCCUGCUGCUGGCGCAUUCGGUGGCCAUGCUGGAGCAGCUGGAGGGCAAGUGCACGGCCUGCAUGCAAUCGGCGUGUGCAGCCUGCCCGCUGACCUUUUCUCAGACGAUGGGCCACAGCGAGUGGUGCGUGCCUCCUGGGAGCUCCAUGGGGAUGGACCGAUGGAGCAGCUGCUGCUCGUCAACAGUGUCG